AUGGCUGAAUGUAGUGGGGAGGUGGUGUAUCAGAACCAGGCCUCCAGGUUUGCAGACUGCGCAGCCUUUGAUGACUGGGCCCUGAUCCAUUCCUAUGACCACGCUGUCCACUCCUUUAAGUCUUUCUCUUUGCAGGAGAGCCUUGGAAAUGGCAGGAACCCCCCAGAAUGCAGCUCGAACGAUGAAAGUGAAUCAGAUGUGGAGGAAGAGGAGGAGGAGGAGGAGGAAGGCAGGCAGUGGCGGAUCAGAGACGCCUGCCUUGCGGUGUGGUCGGUCGACGGGCUGCUGUAUCCUGCUUGCAUCACAGCUGUGGAUCAGGACCGGGGGUGCUGUACGGUAUGUUUUGAUGGCUAUGGAAAUGAGGAGGAACAACCGCUGGCUGCCCUGCUGCCUCCUGGCUGGAGACCCCCAGAAGAUGAGGAUGCAGCGAGGGAGGUGAGAGCUGCGGGGCAUGGGGGACCCUGCCAAGCCGUGUGGUCAGGAGAUGGCCUGUUGUAUCCAGCCACUAUUCGGGAGGUGGAUGCGGAAGCUGGCACUUGCUGGAUGGAGUUUGACCACUACGGCAACCAGGAGCGGCAGGCAUUGGCCGACCUUCUGCCCCCGGUGGGACGCGGGCUUUCUGCGCAGGAGGAAUCGAGUGAUGUUUUGCGAUGUCCAGAGGAGAGAAGUGAGGAGGACAAAGGCUAGGCAAACUCCAGAAUCCCCCAGCCACAGAAGGACAAAAAGCCCAUAGGUUUCUCUCCUCCUCUGCAAGGCCGCAGUGAUGAGGAAUCUCUUCUCAGUAUGCUCCUGGCUUGGCAUUUGAGCGGCUACCAUACCGGCUACUAUCUGGGCCUCAGACAAGGGCGGAAGGAGGCGGCCGUUCCUGCUGUGAAGAAAAUACCUCCUCAGCACCCGAGAGUUUCUGAGCAUUGCUAG